GCAAUGGCUGUUUGAGGAAAUGCUUAUCAAAUCCGUCUAAUCCUCUCCUGUGGUGGAGGAGGACCCAGAAUACCUUGGACAUUGCAACAGCCCUUCGCUAUCUGCACUGCUGCAUUUUUCCUUCUAUUUCCCACGUGAAUAUUGAAAGCAGGAACAUUUAUCUGACAGCAGAAUGGAGGGCAAAGCUUGCAACAUUGGAUCAAACCCUUGUGGGAGCUCAUCAAAAGGGAAUGACAACAUUGUUACUGCAGACAGAUGGGUUGCCCCUGAAUAUCUUGUGCACGGAUCAGCUUCGGAGAAGGUGGAUGCUUUUGCAUUUGGAGUUGUUUUGAUCGAGCUCAUCUCAGGAAGGGAGGACACGGAUGGAAGACAGUUCAGAGAUUCAAUAGGAUUUUUAGGAGGUGGAGCUAGUGAAGGUGGUUGUUUUGAACAACUGAGGAUCUUCAUGGAUCCAUCUCUAGAAGACUAUUCUCUAGCUGAAGCGCUAUGUUUGGCAGUGUUAGCCAGGGCUUGUGUAGAGGAUGACCCUCUACAUAGGCCAUCCACGGAUGAUAUCCUGAAAGUUCUUGGAAGAAUGAUCUGGUUGUAACAUAAUGAAGCAUUAGAAAUCUCUGCUAUCCCCUAAAAAUUGUAUCAUAGCACCCCGGUGCUCCAAUUCUUGCUGUUGUUCUGUCUGUUUAGGAUAACUUCCUGACUGAAAUCCACUAUGUUCUUAUUUCUUCAGCAUAAGACUGUAAUUUUAUCCUUCUUUUUACCAUUGGAAGUUGUAAAUUGGUGAAAUAAAAGCAUAUUAUCAAA